AAUUUUCACGCGAGACCGGUCGCACCACCUCGUCCCUCUUCGCCAACCGGAGCGAGCCCUCUAAUUCUUCGUCUCGAAUAGAUCCCUCGGCUAAACAGAACGCGACGCCCCCAGAUCUCACGAUGAUGUCCCCAAAACCUCCCAUGUCCGAUGCCCGAGCUGCUCGCUCGACGUCUUCCAGUUCCAGGCACACUCCCUUGCAGAUAAUACAUGUUAUUGGGAACUUUAUGAGAAUAUGGUCUGUUUACUCCUUGUAUCACUAUCUAUCGCAUCAAGGAGAUAGUGUAGUAGCUUUUAUUUUCAGUUGCUUGGUUCCAGCUUCUAUUAUUUUCCUGGUGCUGCAAAAGCCUUGGAAAGGGAGGCCUUUACCCAAUUCACAGAUAAUACCGACUGUCAUUAAUGGAGGAAUAAUGGCAUUAUAUUUCAUAUUAUGGGGAAAAGGACUUUUAUCAUGUGGACCACUAAUUGCUCUACUGGCCGAGUAUGCAGGUGCUGUUCUUGGGGUCUUAUCUGCAGCAUUAUAUGGACGGCAAGUCCAUAUUUGGAAAAAGGUGGGUGGACUCGUUGCAAUGCUAGCUUCCUACUACUUCUUGUCAAAAGGAUGGGCUACAAGAACAAACUCACCAUUUUAUAGCUUUGGCAAAGAACCACUAGUGCAAGCAAAACAAUCUUUAGGAUUUAAAGAAAUGGCAGUACCCAUUUCUGCUGGAAUUUUAUCGGCUUUGAGACGGGUGAUUGCUCGCCGUGUGUCACUCAAGAAUCAACUUAAAAGGCGACUUCAUGCAAUAUGUAUUGCUUCUGCAACGUGCUUUCUUUUUCCUCUUGCCAUGUGGGACACUAUCUUAGGAUCAACAUCUGAUAGCAUUGUUAAGUUUCAGCUUCCAAGUUGGGCAUACUUGAGUACUGUCUUCUUUGGAAUCAUCUUUGUAUUCUAUGCCGACAACAUUGCGGAAGAAAGAUUGCAUCUUGUUUUCUCUUCUCCACGGCAUCUCAUGAUUUCAGGAGGGUCUAUCAUCCUUAUGGAGAUCUUAUACCAAAUGGAUUUUUCCCUAAUAGGUUUUGUGACUUGCUCUUUAAUAUUGGGAUUUGGUAUUUUUGAAGCAACCUCUUUGGGAAGAUCAAGAAGAGGUCCUUUAGAAUCUCAAGAUGCUUCAGAGGAGGCUUUUCAGAACCAACUGCAGAUGUCUUCACUUCCUAGCUGAUCACAGUAAUCCUUGAUGCCACAUGCACUAGAAGGCAGGGAUUGGUCCAAUGCCACUCCGUUACAAAGUCGCUGUCUCUUGCACCUGGAAAUUCACACUGGGAAUUACUCAUCCCUUUUCCAGCUGGUGCAAAUUUAUGUAUCAGCAUGCACUUAAUUGUCUCGCUAGGGAAGUUAGUCGACUGGAACAAGUUCCACUGACAUCACCAAAUUUGGAUUUAUUUUCAUAGCUGUUCUGUCAUUAUCAUAUCAAUUUGAAUUUGGUGGCGAAAUUGAUGCAUAAUUUUCUUUCCUGAGUAAUAUACAGAAGAUUCAUUACGCCUCACCGUAAAUUUUCUCAACCAGUUACCGAGAUAGUCAAGUACAGAGCAGUGCAUAUGAUUUUGCUCAAAACUGAAUUUUCAUCUGUGCGAAAUGAACUCAUGAUUACCAUAGUUUUAGGAUAUUGAUUAGAGCAAUUGUUCCUAUUCUUAUGUACUAUAACUGCCCUGUAAAAAUCUUGGGGUUUAUACUGCAAAAGAGCACUUGCAUGUUCACGUCUUGCUUCUUUCUUGUAUUGUUGUGGCGUGUUGGAAGAUAAACCAAUUGGUUUCAUUCACUCUU